AUGUAUGGUGUAGUUGGUGUCGCUGGACAAAUUUUGCUGUAUGCUACAGAUAAUGAUCCGUCUUCAGAAUAUUUCGAUUGUGUUUAUCACAAGUCAGCAGAUGAUGUAACAGUGAAAUAUUGUCGUCGUCCUGGGAAUAAUAGUGAAAAUCGACUUUUGCAUAAUGAUUGUUUCAAUGGAGGUAUCAGCUAUAUAUAUUUAACUCUGCGACGACAAAAUAUAACAGUAGACCAAUUAUUAAGUUGGCAUUCAUCUUCUAUUCGCCAACUCGAUCAUUAUGCAACCUACUUAGAACACUAUAGUUCUGAUGAUGAUGAUAAAUUCAUAUGUAAUUGUACAGAUCCAACAACAUUUGGAAAGUAUUGUGAAUAUCGUUUAUAUAAUGAAACAACAACGUUUGAACAAACAGUUCGUAAACAGUUUCAAUUAAAAAGUCUAUAUUAUCAUGGUUAUCAAAUACAUGGUGAUAUAUUAUGUUAUACAACCUUGUCAUCAUGUGAGUACGGUCUGCUGUGUUUGGAUUGGAGAAACAUAUGUGAUGGUGAACAACAAUGUAUGGAUGGUAAAGAUGAAGAAUCAUGUGAUCUAUUGGAAUUUAAUGAAUGUGAACCACAUGAAUACCGUUGUCGAAAUGGCAUGUGCAUACCACAUGAGUAUUUUCUUGAUGGUGAAUGGGAUUGUAUGGAUAAUACAGAUGAACAAAAUGUAAUGGUUAAAUAUAAUUGUUUUAUUGAAUCCAAAUCAUUUGAUUGUGAUGAAAGCUUUUGUUCAUAUAAACUUUGGUCAUGUGGUGACGGUGAAUGCAUAUAUCCAAGAGAUCGUUUAACAUUUCAAAAUAUACAUCUACCACAUUAUGGUCAUUGUUUAAGUAUGAGAGAAUAUAACUAUAUCUGUGAAACAAGUCUUGAUGAUUCUUAUUGGACGUUAGCAAAUGGUUUAUGCUGGCCAUUUAAAAAUUAUAAUGAUACAACAUAUGAUAAUAAUACAACAACAACUUGUUUAUAUUUAGUUAAAUGUGCAUUGUCAGGUGGAUUUGAAUUAAAAUGUCCGUGUGCAGGAAACAAUUGCAGUGGCUUAAUACUGAAGCAUUGCCCGUGGAACAUUCAAUAUCCAAUAAAACCAUUAAUAAGACCUUAUAUAAGUCUCGUUUAUAAUAAUGAUCACAAUUGGGUUGAUAAACAUCCAACUCGGAUUAUGUUUCGUGGUACGAUCAAAUGCCGUGGUUCUCAAGCUGCUGCUACAAAUGAUUUAUUGUUUCUUUAUACAUUAAUUGUUCAUGAUCGUUUAUAUGAUUCUUUAUUUUGUAAUUUUAUAGCUACGCAACAUAAUAAUUCACUAUUAGCACCACAUUAUGAUCUGAAUUGUUGGUCACAAACAACAAAAACAUUUAAUAAUUUGCCAUAUCAAUUCACCGAUAUUUGUAAUGACACUCAAGAAUGUUUAUCGGAUUAUCGCAUUAAUGAUGGAUUUUCUGAUUGUUUCUAUGAAACGGAUGAAAUAAAUUCAUUAAAUUCAACUCUAUGUACGAAUCAAGAACAAUAUCGUUUUAAAUGUUCGGACGAUGAACCAAAAUGUUUAACAGUAUUUACUUUAAUCGAUGGUGGGAUGAAUUGUAAAAAUAAUUAUGAUAAAUAUUUAUUUGGCGAGGGUUUACCUUUGUCUGAUAUACAAUGUAAUCAGCGUGACGAUAACGGAUGUUAUGUAUUAAAAAACUAUAUCAAACAAUCUUGGAUAUCAGUAAAAAAUGUUACAUCGCCUAGAACAACGGGAGAUUGGAGAUUAAUUCCGUUUCACCAUUAUUGUGAUACAUUUUGGAAUACAAAUACGACAUUUGAUGAGUCAUCCGACAACUGCCGGGAAUGGAUUUGUCCAAAAGAUGAAUACCAAUGCCUAACUGGUCAAUGCAUACCCUACCAUUGGGUUUGUGACGGUACUUGGGAUUGCCCUGAUGCCUCUGAUGAACAGCGAUUGUUUGUUAUGAAAAAUUUAUCUUUGCAUAAUCAAGCGAUUUUUGAUUUACAACAAUUAAAAGUUAUGUGCGCUGAACAUUACAAUAACGAUAAUCAACCAUUUUCAAAUCACUGUGAUUUACUAAAAGAAUAUCCGUGUUUAUUAUUGUUAACAGAUGUAAUAAAGGAUCCAUUUGACUUCAGUCAAAGUCGACCAUGUAUCGAAAUUGAACAAAUUGGUGAUGGAAUAAUUCAGUGUUACGGUGGCCUUGAUGAACGAAAUCUAGUAAAUAAAUGUGGUGAUAUUCGUGAACAAAUUGGUUUUGAUUUUCUUUGUGAAAAAAGUUUGUCCUGUAUAGCAACACAUUUGUUAUGUCGAAAACGUUGUCCUGAUAAUGAAGAUCAACACUUAUGUUUUUAUAAAGCAUAUAACACUGAAAUUAAAUGUCACGGUGCAAACGAUGUUUUAUGUUUGAAUGGUGAAUGUAUAGAAAACGCACGUUGUGACAAUUAUAUUGAUUGUCCAAAUGGUGAAGAUGAAUAUUGGUGUUCAUCAAAUGAUUGGUUAGAUAUGCUACACUAUCGUGGCAAUAAGCGUUAUGUUGAAUAUAGAAAAGAAAAAAAAUUAGAUUUAACUUAUUUUCCAUUAUCAGAGGUGCACAUUGUUAGACAACAACAACACCGAGCAAAAAUACAUCAGAUUAAAUCACAAGAAACAGAUGUAGAUAAAUAUAUUCAUGAUUCAAAAAUUGUCUUUUAUUGCAACCGUGGUAUUGCUAUUGAUCAACUUAAUGCAACUAGAUGCUUUUGUCCGCCAACUUAUUAUGGAUCAAAAUGCCAAUAUUAUAGCGAUCGUUUAACAGUAGUUACACAUCUGCAAUUAACAUCAAAACUAAAUAACUUUGGUAAUAAUGUCAUUAAAAUAAUUGCGACACUUGUAUUUGAUGAUACAGAGAUAAUUGAUUAUUAUGAGUUUAAUGUGCGACCAUUAUUAGAAGUCGAUAAUAAAUAUGUUAAACAUCGAUUUCAUUUACUUUAUUCUCGUAGUGAACGCCUUUUAAAACAUAAAGCACAACGUUACUUCAAUCGAUCAAAUGUGAUUGAUGUACAUCCAUAUGCAAUUCAAUUUGAAGCAUUUGAAUUGUACGUUAAUUAUAGCAUACGAUUAAUUGGUGUUUGGCAUUAUACAAUUUAUUUUGAUUAUUUACCAUCAUUUCGCUUAUCAAAAGUGUUAAACUUUUUAUCAGUUAAUAUCACUGAUCCAUGUACAAAUAACACUUGUAACAACAAUUCCAUUUGUCAACCUUUCCUUAAUAAGAGAAACUACGCUUAUAUUUGUUCGUGUAAAAGUGGUUAUUACGGAAAUGCUUGCCAGUAUUAUGAACCACGAUGUUCGUCCUAUUGUUCAUUACAAUCAUUUUGUAAACCUAAUUAUUGUAGUUUAUUAUCUGGAAAUCUAUCUUUCAUGUGCAUUUGUCCAAUCAACCAUUUUGGACCAUCUUGCCAUUUGAAAUAUGACGCAUGCAAUCAAAUUCCUUGUAUGAAUAAUUCUACCUGUUAUUCAACACAUGAUCUUAGUAGUACAACACCUUAUAUUUGUUUAUGUACAAAUAAGUAUUAUGGUGAUCGUUGUCAAUAUGAAAAAAUAUCGAUAAAAAUUCAUCUUAAUAUUGAAAAUUUGACGUCAUCAUCGAAAAAUGAAAUACUUGCAUCAGUUAUACAGUAUUAUGAUACUGAUAAUAUAACAUUUGAUUUCAUAUUAAAAUAUCAACAAGUUUAUUCUCUGACACCAAGUAAUUUUGAAUAUUAUCAUGAACAAAUUAUUGCACCGAUAUUUGGUAUCCUUAAAUUAUACCAAAAAGAUUAUCAGUCAUUAUACUAUAUUUUAUAUAUUCAACAAAAUCAAACAAUAAUUAAUGUCACAACUGAUCUUAGAAACUAUUGUCCUCAUAUUGAUACAUUGUUGACAACUGAUUUUUGGAUUACCAGACGCUUGAACGCGCGACAUUUGGGCGCCGACACUUGGGCGCCGACACUUGGGCGCCGACACUUGGGCGCCGACACUUGGGCGCCGACACUUGGGCGCCGACACUUGGGCGCCGACACUUGGGCGCAUGUACGACACAAGCAUUCAAUAAGAGUGCAUUUGUUAAAACAUGCUCUUUCCAAUGCUGCGCCUUAUGAAGUUCCAGAAUACUUAUGUGUGGGUUUUCUAGAGACCAGGUCUCCGGAAAACCCAGAUGAAAGUAUCUUUGAGCUUUGUAAAGCACACAAUUGGAAAGAACAUGUCGGAAAACCUAUAAAAAGGUGUUUCUAUAAUAAUACAAUUGAUCAGUGUAAUUUAUGUUUAUCUAAUAGUUUAUGUUUACAAGAUACAACAACACAAUUAUGUUUAUGUUCAAAAUGUUAUUAUGGACAUUUAUGUCAAUUCAGUACACAUUUAUUAAGUUUUACUUUGGAUAGUUUGCUUUCUAAAGAUCCAUUUUCUGUUCAAUUAGUUUAUUUUUGUAUUGUAAUUAUUUUAUUUAUAGUAGGUUUAUUUAAUAAUUCAUGUAGCUUUGUUACUUUCAAACGCUCAAAACCAAGAAAAUUUGGUGUUGGUAAUUAUCUUUUUAUUGUUACAAUAUUGAAUCAAUGGUCACUUUUACUGUUGUUAUUCAAAGUUGUUCAUAUUCUAUUGAGUGCACAACAUGCAUUUGUUCAUCAAUAUAUAAUACAUUUGAUUUCAUGUAAACUGGUUUCAUAUCUAUUGUCGGUAUUAACGCGUUCUAGUUAUUGGUUAACAAGUUUAGUUACUAUUGAACGUCUCUGUCUGAUUAUAUGGCCAACGAUAACAACAUUUAGAAAACCUCGAAUAGCUAUCAUAUUAAAUAUAAUUAUAUUGCUAAUUGUAUUUGGUAUGCAUAUUCAUGAACUUCUUUAUUAUACAAUAAUAAAACAAUCCCAACAAUGUGUUACCAAUUAUCUACAACAAUCAGUGUCAAUAUAUAAUCGUGUCAAUGUUAUUGUUCAUUAUACCAUACCAUUUAUCAUUCAAACCAUAUCAAUAACUUUCCUUAUUAUAUUAACAUCGAAAACUCGUGCACGUACAUUAGCAUCAAGUGCAAAACCACCGACAUUUGUACAACUAUUUAAGAAACAAUUUCAUCAACAAAAAGAAUUAUAUUUAACACCAUUAAUUAUUGUACUAAGCUCACUACCACAAAUUAUUGUUUCGUUUAGUUUAGCAUGUACACCUGUUACCGAAAUAUCAUGGAUGCGUUAUUCACUAUUAAUAACCUAUUUUCUAUCGUAUAUACCACAAUUAUUGGGAUUUAUUUUAUAUGUUUUACCGUCAACAGCAUAUAAACAGGAAUUUAAAGAAACAACAAUUGAAUGCUUAUAUAUUCAGACUGUUCAACGGACAGUAUGGUUUGAGAAUUAUUCGAAUAUGCUACAGAUAGAUUCAACGUUUGAAGUAAACAUCGAAAAUUAUCAAUUAUAUGUAUGUCUGGUACAAAAUGCAAAUUUAAAAGGAGUACCUGUUGCUUAUUGCUUAAUGAUCAGUGGAAAUAACGAUAAUUUAGAAUUCUUUUAUUCAGCAAUGAGUAAACAAAAUGGUUUAACAGAAACGCCAGUUGUUAUUGUUGAUAAACAUUUAACAAACGUUGAUAUUUUACAACCGUAUUUUGGUAAAGCGAGAAUAUUAUUAUGCGUAUUCCACGUUCUGAAAUAUUUAAAAAGUCAAAUUCAUGUGCUUAAAAUUCCAUUAACAGAUUGA